UCUCUCAAUCUCUCCCUCUCCCUCUCCCUCUCCCUCUCCCUCUCUAUCUCUCCCUGUUUCAAAACAAGAAGUCAAGAAAAGUGGUUGAAGGCUAUGGGAGAAGAAGCUGGAGAAGCACAAGAGACACCAUUGUUGUAUGAUCAAGCAACAGAAACUACUCUCGAAAGGACUGGGACGGUAUGGACGGCAGUGGCACAUAUAACAACGGGAGUGAUAGGGUCGGGCGUACUGUCAUUGGCAUGGAGCAUGGCUCAGUUGGGGUGGAUCGCAGGUCCAUUAACUAUGGUGUGUUUUGCUUUUAUCACCCUUUUCAAUGUGUACCUUCUUUCCAAUUGCUAUCGCUCUCCCCAUCCUGAAUUUGGUCCUGCAAGAAAUCCCUCUUACCUUACUGCUGUUGAUGCAAGUUUAGGAAAAAAGGCUUCUUGGUUGUGUGGACUAUUUGUGGAAAUAAACUUAUAUGGAGUAGGAAUUGCUUAUAAUAUUACAUCUGCUAUCAGCAUGAGGGCAAUUCAGAAAUCAAAUUGCUACCACAAAGAAGGGCAUGAGGCUAGCUGUGAAUAUUCAGACACUUUCUAUAUGCUAAUAUUUGGAGCUGUUCAAAUUAUAAUGUCUCAAAUACCAGACUUCCAUAACAUGCAGUGGCUUUCAUUUGUUGCUGCUGUCAUGUCCUUUGCAUACUCCUCCAUAGGAUUUGCACUUGGCUUUGCAAAUGUUAUAGAGAAUGGAUAUGUUAAGGGUAGCAUUACAGGAGUCUCUGCCUCUAGUGCAUUGACUAAAUUAUGGAAGAUAUCUCAAGCGCUAGGGGAUAUUGCGUUUGCAUAUCCAUAUGCCUUAAUUAUUUUUGAGAUACAGGUAUUUUUUGUAAAAAUAUUAGUUGAUUACAUUACAUCACAUUCGAUUAUAAUGUAAC